AUGGGUGCAGUGUCCAGGGGGGGAUCAGCUGGAUCCAACCUGGUGUCGGUGGACUUUGAGAUCUUUGGCCACGUCCAGGGAGUGUGUUUCCGAAUGUACACAGAGAAGGAGGGUGUCCGUCUUGGUCUAGUGGGGUGGGUGAAGAACACCUACGGUGGGACGGUGGUGGGUCAGGUCCAGGGACCCCGAGACAUGGUCGAGGAGAUGAAAGUGUGGUUGAGUAAAGAAGGAAGUCCCUCCAGUCGAAUCACCAGAGCCUCCUUCACCAACCAGAGAACCAUUGACAAGCUGGAGCUUUCAGGCUUUAAAACUCGAUUCUGACCGAGUCCAGCACAGAACCUGAUGAAGAAAGAAUGUAGAACUUCAGGUUCUGUGUGUGAUGGCAGUACCACUCAGACCUGUAUCUAGAGUUUAGACCAGUUGAAUGGUUGCUGUAGUGGUCUGAGUGUGGUUGUAGAGCAGAUCUGUUGUGUCAGAAGGAUUCUGGCCUCUGUUCGUCUGUGGAUGCUAUAUUACAAAGCUGAAAUAAAUUGAAAUAUCCACUACUCUGAUGGAAGUCUUUAGACCGAGGCAGUUAAAACCAAUAGUGUAUCUGUAAAAGUAUCUAUCAGUUUUAUGCACAUUUUGAUUUGGUGCAUUUAAAACUUGAUUGGAACAUUGAAAAUUUGAAUAAUGGUCAAAAUAUUUUUGAAUAAAUGUGAAUAAAUGAC